AUGGGAAUGGGGAUUUUAUUCAUCUUCUACUGCUUCGUCUAUAAGCUGAAAAGGGAAGAAAAGAAAAUGAAAUUGCCUCCAGGACCACGUCCAUGGCCUGUCAUAGGAAGCCUCCAUCUCUUGGGAAACCUUCCACAUCAAGCUUUUGCAACGCUGGCAAAGAAAUACGGAUCCCUUAUGUUUCUCCGUUUAGGUUCCAUCCCCACUAUUGUGGUGUCUUCUCCUGCCAUGGCAAAAGAAUUUCUCAAAACGCAUGAUUUGGUGUUUGCAACCAGACCAUACAGUUACAAAGGGAAAAACAUAUGCUAUGGUCAUAAUGACGUCGCUUUUGGCCUCUAUGGAGAGUCUUGGAGGCAGAAGAGAAAGCUGAUGACAGUGGAGCUGCUCACAGUGAAGAGAAACGAUUCCUUCAGAUUUGUGAGAGAGGAAGAAGUGUCUUCCAUGAUCGCCUCCAUCUGGCAGGAAAGGGAGCAUGGAGAGCAGUGUGUGGAUGUGAAGAGGAGACUCUCCUCCCUUACUCAAAAUAUUGUCUGCAGAAUGUUAGCUGGCAGGACGUACUCCGACAACGAACUGAAUGGAGGGCAUGGUUUCAAAGAAAUGGUGGAAGAGAUGUUUGCCGUGUUCGGUGCAUUUCCCAUUGGCGAAUAUAUUCCUUCUCUUGACUGGAUGGACUUGCAAGGAUUCCGUCGUCGGAUGAAGGCCGUUCACCAAAUAUUCGACAGAUUUGCUGAAAAAGUAAUCGAUGAGCACAUCGUAGAAAGAAAAGCUAGGGAAGGAGAUCGCGUUAAAGACAUGGUAGACGUGAUGCUUAGCAUGGCUGAGACGGAGGGCCAGGCAAUGUCACGGGUCGACAUCAAAGCCGUUAUCCUGGAUUUUGUAAAUGCGGGAAUGGAAACACCGGUGACAUUGCUAGACUGGGCGAUAAGUGAAUUGCUAAAGAAUCCUGCAACGUUGGCACGAGUGCAGCAGGAGAUUGAAUCAGUAGUUGGCAGAGACCGCAGAGUAAAGUAG